AUGGCGGCCUUCGCCUGUGCAUCUAAUGUGCGCCGCCUCCUCCUCCACCCCGGCGGCGGAGCUCCGGCGAGAUCCUUCUACGCCCAGCCCUACCAAGCCAAGGUAGGCGUGGUGGAGUUCUUGAAUGGGGUCGGGAAGGGGGUGGAGACGCACGCCGCGAAGCUGGAGGAGGCCGUAGGAGGUGAUCUCCAGAGGCUGCUCGAGACCCGCACGCUACGGCUCAAGAAGCUCGGCGUCCCCUGCAAGCAUAGGAAGUUGAUUUUGAGUUUUGCUCACAAGUACCGCCUUGGUCUUUGGAAGCCCCCGGCAGAAGCCAGGAAAGUGCAAUAA